GCCGCUUUCUGCUCAAGCAGCUUCAUGGAUGAACAUGGCUGAGACAAUUGUGCGUCACUUGCACAGAGUCUUGGCAGUGGGCUUGGUCACGCUGGCCCUGGUUUUGACUGGCUGCGGGGAAGGCACAACACAAAUAGACUCUGAGACGGAUGGUUUUCUCUCGACAACGCGGACAGGAACCACAUCCACAACCAGUCCAGGACCCACAACUCCUCCUGUGACAACAGCUUAUCCUGUGACAACAACUCCUCCUGUGACAACAACUCCUCCUGUGACAACGUGGCCACGAUCGGAUUCCUUGGAUGCCCAGUUCUUGAUUCAGGCAACCUUUGGACCAACCCGGAGCAGUUUGGCAGAUUUAAAGACAGAUCAAGGCUACGAAGAAUGGAUUCUCAGACAGAUGUCUCUGGAUGCUUCUUCGCUUCGCAGCUAUUACCGGAGCCGCGUCAACCCCAGUGGCCCAGAGCCAUCAGUGAUACCAAAGUCAGUGAUACCUCGGGCAGCCUGCGAGCAAGGAUCGCGUUGGUCGAAUGUCGCCUUCGACCUACGUGACGUUGGGCUGCCGGUGGUGGCAACUGGCGCUGAGAUUUUUGUCAAUGGCAAAUUGUGCACCAAGUUGGACCCAGGCCUGCAAAAGAACCACCUCUCUAUGCCAAUGACCUGUACCAAUGAGGGGUAUUCAGGGUGGACCACGAAGACGUGUCCUACCUAUGGAAUCGACUCGCGGCAUUGCAGCGGGUCUUUGCAGCACUGGGUUCCACAAAACCGUUGUCAACAGACCUGCUGGGAUCGCGGUUAUCCCUAUGAUAGGGAUGACUGCUCAGUUGGGUGGCCUAGUUUCAUAAUGACAGGAUAUGUCUGUGCAGUAGAUGAGGCAGCAUCUGUUGGUGGCCUGGUCUUCUUCUCAACUUCCCAAGACUGUCAAAGUCUUGUGCCCAUGAGAAUCCCUGCCAUUUGGCUCGAUGGAUUGAGUGACACUGACUUCUCUCGAUUUGACUUCGUUCGUCCUCAUAUCAUCGUUCUAGCAUCAAGCCCAACAAGUUGCACGUAUGGUGAUUGGAUCCAAGUCAAUGGCAGUGCAUACCGACAUGAUCCUAGGCUCAAGCUUGUAGAUGCGACCAGUGCAGAGCAAGAGACGUGCGUGGCUGUGCCAAGCAGCAUGUUCAACCUUGAGCAGUGCAAAGUCCAGACAGACAGACUCUGCGAAGUGUCCCGAGCCACAUCGAACACAGUGAAUCUGACGGCUGAUGUCCUGGAACGAAUCUCGUCCUAUGGGCGCUACGUGUUUGAAAUAGCUGGUCUACAAACGAGUGCGAGUCCCUGUUCAACAUUGUCGCGCUGGAAAGAAUGCACCAGCUGUACCACAUCUGCCCUCAGCACCGCAGACAAGAGCCUCAUUGUCAGUGCCCUGGAAUCUUCGGAAGGCUCACUGAGAGAUGUUUAUGUGCCCUGCACUUCAGUCUCUGCAAAUGCCGUGGUGAGUUUGUCAAAUGGUGAACUCUUCCAACACGUGCACAUCCAUGAGGGGAACAUCUACGACUUUACAGAUUGGGCUUUAGAGCAUCCUGGUGGCCAAAAUGCGAUAACCAAGUGGACCACGAAUGGUUUCAAGCUGCAAUAUCCUGCCAGCCACCCAAUGGAUCGCUUUCAGACUCAUCUCUCAAAGCUUCAGUACAUCGGCAAGAGCGGUGAGCAGAUUCGAUAUCACAGUUUACCUACAACCUUGAAGAGAGAGGCUUUGGCACUGGAACUUGCCAAUGCCGCGGUGAAGUCCUUUUCAUUGGCAUGUCCAUCCCCAGGGGAAACGGCUAGUGUGCCACGCUUGGGGCAUGACGCUCACUUUUAUUCGGCCUACCGCUUCAACGGCCCCCGAGAGAUAGAUGAGGAAUUCGACUUCCCAUCUAAGUUGAGCAAGUCGCUCACCAAGUUCAACAUGUGGAUUGGUCAGGUGAUGUCUUCUCCUGACCAGUUGCGGCAAAGAAUGGCCUGGGCAUUGGCACAGAUUUUAGUCGUUGGCCCCAAUGGCUUGGGUCACUACGGCCCUCUAAACGAGAUUUGGACAAACUACUAUGACAUUUUGGUGAGGAAGGCCUUUGGAAACUACCUGGAUCUCUUGAAGGAAGUCACCUUCAGCCCAUUGAUGGCUGAAUACCUCUCCUUUUUGGGAAAUUCUGCCUAUGAUCACGACCAGAACUACCCUGACGAAAAUUAUGCACGGGAGGUGAUGCAGCUCUUCACUAUUGGCACCGUAAAAUUGAACCUUGAUGGUUCAAAAACUUUGGAUGGAAAUGGAAAUCCAAUUCCUACUUACAACAACGAGGACAUCAUGACCUUUGCCCGUGUCUUCACUGGUCUUGACCGCCAAUUGCCAAGAGCAAAUUUUGAGGAGGUUCGAAGCUGGAACGGACGGAAUGUGGUAGACUCAAUGCAGAUGAUCGAGCGCUGGCACGAUUCGUAUCCCAAGCAGGAUUUGGACAAGAACUACCUGGGUGACGGUCUGCCCUUGUGCUCUGAGCUUCCGAAAAGAUCCUUCUUGAUGCAGGGCGCCCGCUACGAGUUCUUGCAAAGCUACAGUGAAAAUGCGCUCCAAAUUGAUUCAACUUCAGCCCUCUACAAAGCUCUUUGUGGCUCCGAGUCAGGAGUCUGUGCAUUCAAGCCUCUCGUGCUUCUUGAGCAGGAUUUGGCUUGCUCCGCAAACGAAUGCGACAGCACCUGGCCUCAUGUCGUGGAGCUGACGGGUCAAGGCGCCCUUUACGAGUAUGUUCCCCCGCCAUGCAUGCACUUCUACUUCGUGGCUCAAAGGAUGACAGUGAACAUCUCCGUGCACGUCGAUGGCAAGGUUGCAAGCCAUCACACAGAUAAGAGCGCAGUGAACCAGAUUACUGUGAAUUGGUACAAUGGACCUCCUGAUGUCAAGAACUGCCCCCAUGGUUGCACAUCUCUUGCUGAGUCCUGCUGGUGUCCCACACGCACUGAGAUUCAAGCCGUGUUUGACCGAUUGCCGACCCCCAGUGAACUCAGCGAGCUGAAAGUUGGCGCCUUCAAGCCUCAAAGUUCAUGCAGUGUCUGCGGGGAAGUCAAUGCAUUCUUCGAGGGUGAAAGUUUUGAUACCAAAACAAUCUUUGAGCAUCAGAACAAGUUCUACCGGAACAUUCGCAGUGUCGUUUUGGUUGGAGAUAAAUCUUUCAGAAACCCACCGGUAGUUGGGCCAGAUAGUGCUUUCAGUGCGCGAUCUGCUAUCUUCGAGAUCGAGAGUUUGCUGGAGCACUUGGUAUAUCAUCCGAACACAGCUCCUUUCAUUUCCUACCGGCUCAUCCAACGCUUUGUCACCUCUAGCCCUUCGGCAGAAUAUGUCCAAGCGGUGGCUACAGCUUUCCGCACAGGACGCUAUGGUCGCACAUACUCGGGGCAGUAUGGUGAUUUGGGUGCCACUAUAGCCGCAAUUUUGCUUCACCCAGAGGCAAGGGAGAUGAAUGAGGGAGCGUUCCGGGAGCCGCUGAUCAAGCUGGUGCAUUUCCUCAGGGCAAUGGAAUUUGAAGACUGGGAGAAGAGAACCUUGCUGUUCGAAGAGGUCAUAGAAAAGAUUGGCCAGGAACCCUUCGCAUCUCCAACUGUCUUCAACUUCUACAUGCCUGACUAUGAGCUGCCAUCAGGGCAGGUGGCACCAGAGUUUCAAAUCUUCAAUUCAGCCACUGUGGUAGAUUUCCUCAACGGCAUGUUCUCAUUGAUUGAUCACCAGGGAGUCACAGAAUGUAAACAUGGCUUGGGAGUCAGGACAGGUUUUCCAACCAACUGCAAACUUCAGGAUUCCUUCAAGCUACCACUGUCAGCCUCUACAGCCCUGAGUGAGUUGAAUUUGCUGUUGACGGGGGGUCGCAUGACAAAUCACACCAAAGAAGCUGUCAUGCAGCACAGCAAGAACCAGAAUGACGACGUCAAGGCAGUUCAGGAAGCCUCGGUGCUCGCGCCUGAGUUUCACACGCUGGGUGCGCCAAGACCUUUGGGUAUACGAGCUACCGAAAGUGGCGCGGGGCGCAGCCAGGCCUCGCCCAGAUCCUACAAGGCUGUCGUGAACUUGUACUUGGACGGCGGGGCUGAUUCAUUCAAUUUGCUGGUUCCUAUCAACUGCGCCUUGCGCGACGAAUAUUUGGCUGUGAGGGGCCCGGCAGCACUUUCCAACAACCAGCUGCUUGAAAUCAGUAGCACGCAAGCUUGUCGGAGCUUCGGGCUGCACCACAAGUUUCCCAAGCUGCGUGCGAUGUAUCAAGCAGGCGAGGCGGCUUUUGUCAGCAAUAUUGGGUCAUUGGUUGCUCCCCUGACCAAGUACGAAUACAAGACCGGGGCAACGCCGACAUGCGUGGGCCUUUUUUCCCACUCAGACCAGACUGCUGGAGCACAGACACUGAAGUGUCAGGUGGCUGGAGCAUCACCUAGAGGAGUCGGGGGUCGCUUAGCUGAUGCCUUGGCGGCUGGAGGUCAAAAGUUUGCAACCAAUUCCUUUUCGCUCAAAGGCAAGAAGACGUGGUCAGAAGGUUUCAGCACACUUCAGCAGGCUGUGGAUAGUAGUGGGGACUUUCCCACCCUGGAGAACUUUGCAAUCCGAAGGCCCCUGAUUGAAAACAUCACCAAAGAAAAGCACGGCAAUGUGUACUCGGAGGAGUAUGCCAAGACCUUGGGAAAAAUGGUAGACAACGUUGAGUAUUUGGCCGGACAGAUUCAGAACGUGACCUUGAGCACUACAUGGCCAGAGCCGGAAGAUUGGGGGCGCAAACGUCUCUUGAAACAGUUCAAGGCCAUCUCCAAGUUGGUUGCAAGUCGCACAACCAGGAAGGCGGAACGAGAGUUCUUCUACGUGCAGGUUGGAGGUUUCGACACUCACAACGACAUGCACGCGACUUUGGACAAGCUCUUUGCUGUGGUGGAUGAGGGACUGGACGUCUUUGUAAAGGAGAUGAAAGCACAGGGCGUUUUUGAGUCUGUGGUGUUGGUGACCACCUCCGACUUUGGGCGCACCAUGACCUCGAAUGGCAAGGGCACGGACCACGGAUGGGCAGGCAACACGUUUGUCUUGGGUGGCAACAUACGCGGUGGUGAGAUUUACAAUGAGUUCCCUUCGUCCCUGGUUGAGGGAAACUUGUACGAUGUUGGUAGAGGUCGGAUGAUUCCAAAGUACCCGUGGGAGAGUGUGAUGCUGCCCAUUGCAGAGUGGAUGGGCAUGGAUGCACAGGACAAGAGCACCGUUUUCCCCAACCUACAGAACUUCAAUUCCUCAAGGUGUUUCUCUCCACAUGUUCAAGCUAGCCAUUGGGCUCACUUUGGAUGGUGGCUGUGCCAAGAUGUGCCAAGCAAAUAUCGGACAAUCCGGCGAGGCAAUUUGCAAUGGCACAUGCCACAAUUACUAGGGCCAUGAAGCCAUGAAACCCUAUCAUGCCCUGACAGGGUGCUGCCGCCAGCAGAUGUGCCAUGCAAAGCAAGGCGCAUCUGCACCUCAUGUUUUAGCGGCG